CUUAUGUCAUAAUACGAGUUGUGGUAGGACCAAAAUGCAGAGAAGUACUCCAGGAAACACGGAGAAUGAAGUAAAGGAAACUGAUAGAAGCCUAUAAAACUGAGAGAAAUAUAGAAGAGCCAUCAAACCUGGGGCUUGGUGGCAAGAUGAAGCUGUUUGUUUUCAGCAUCAUGUGUGCAUUUCUACAAGUCAGUUGCCAAAAUCCUCGGAGCCACUGGACUCUGCUGCCAAACGUUCUGGUCAUGGAAGUGGAUGGCACUCUGGGCCAACAGCCAAUUAGCUGCCUGGAGAUGCCAGAGGACAUUGAGAGAAGAGGCUACCACAGCCAGGAUAUCAUUUGGAAGAAGAACGGAAUAAAGGACACGCAAAGGGGUAACUUGUACCUGGUGCGGUUACUGGAAAGCUUAGGAGGGGGCAACUACACCUGCCACAGCGGGGAUGGAUCCCUCCUAAAUUACACCGAGGUCCUGAUCCGGCAGGAUGAAACCAAGAGAAGGAGGAUUCUUGUUAAAAACAAGCAAGAUGAUUAUUUGAAGUGUUCCACUCAGAACUACAAUGGGGAGUUUCACUGUUCUUGGACAUGGCACAGAAGUCGUGUUGGCAAAGCUGCAUUUAUCAAAGCUCGACGAGUUUUGGAUGAUCAUAACAGCCACUGCUCUAUGGACCCCAGUCGCCACCAGUGGAUGUGCUCCUCAGCUCAGAGUAACUUCAGCUGCUCUGUGGAUGACAGUGGGUCCGGGAUUUCCUGCCUGGACCAGCAGCACUGCCCAUAUGCUGAGGAAAGACAACAGAUCCACGUCACUGUCUUUGUGAGGACGGACGGGUUUUUGCUGGAGAGCUACUCUAAACGAUUUUACUUGUCAGAAAUAGUGAAACCAGACAAAGUACGGAUUGGUAAGGUCAACAAAACGGUAGUAGAGUGGAGUUACCCAAGCUCCUGGAACAGGCCCUCCUCCUACUUUCCGCUCACCUUCCAGAUUUCACAGCUCAGGGGUCGAUGCAGAAAGUGUGAAAACCCAUGCACACACUUAAAAGCUUCAAAAACAGUGUGCUCCACCGACCUUUGCCAGUUUGAAGUGAAGCACAGAGUUAAGGCUGUGUGUGUCAGAGCUAAGGAUGCUCUUUGUGACUCACAGUGGAGCGAAUGGACGCAGGUCAGAAUGAAGAGAGGCAGGAAAAACAGAAAGAGGAUGCAUCAUCAAAAAUAUAUAUAGGGAAUGAGAAAGGAGGAUUACAAUGGACAUCUCAUACUGUUUAUUCUGAUUUUAACUUAUUAAAUAAUGCAGCAUUUGUAAGAUAUGUU